UUGAAAGGAUCAUGGUUGUAGGCAGAGCUGUGGUGGGCCGUGAUAAAGAUGAGUUCAUUCAUCCUCAAAUGGUCGAAGCAGCUUUUAAUGAAGAUUUAUUUCUCAAGAGCCGAGCAGUGAAACAACAGAUGUGGAGCAGCUGAAGAAGACGCUGCUGUGUGCUGCUCCAUGAAGAGAAACCCUCAGAAUCAGAGAUGGCUGCAGUGAGGAAGAGGUUUGUUUCCUCCUCAGCAGAGGAAGAUGGCUCCAUCAUCUGGGAGAAUGCUCAAAAUUCUGCAGCUGAUCCAUCCAGUGAUGAUGAACAUCCUUAUGCAUCUCUGCUCUGCUGCCACAACAUCCAGGACUCUCUGCUGAGUUCCAACAGCAAUUUCACUGGAUACAGAGGUGUCCUCAACUGGAUUAUCAUUCUCCUGGUCCUGACUCAUGCUCAUCUGUUCUUAGAGAAUUUCAUACAACACGGUUUUCUGAUCGAUGUUAGAAAAGUGUUGGGUCAUCUGACUGAGGACAGCUACAACUGGCCAUCUGUCAACCUAAUACUGGUUGCAAAUCUGUUUGCACUGAUAGCUUUCUACUUGGAGAGGUUCGAAGAAACGGGAAAGUUGUCUUCCAGCAGCAGCCAUCGUUUACAUCUCAUAAAUCUGGGGUUCCUUUUGCUGCUUCCUGCUGUCGUUGUGCUGCACGAGCCAAAAAUAUCAACAGGUGGAGCAUUUUUCUCUCUCUGGUUCUACAUCAUUCUGGGACUGAAGCUUUAUUCCUAUCAGGAAACUAACCGUUGGUAUCGUCAGGCUCAUUUAGACAAAGACAGCAGUGGAUYUGUUGCACACAACAACCAGAAUGAGAAUCUGACUCUGAGAGAUCUGUAUUAUUUCCUCUUUGCUCCAACUCUGUGCUACCAGAGAGACUUCCCACGUACCCCGAAGGUCCAAAUCAAUAAGUUGCUCCACAGGCUGCUGGAAAUGGUGGUUGUUGUUCAGAUCAUGGUCGGCAUUGUGCAGCAGUGGAUUGAGCCAAUUUUCCAGAAAUCAGAGAAACCUUUUACGAGUAUGGGCAUCACUUUGAGGGUGGAGCACCUUGUAGGCCUGGUGGCACCAACCCACUUCCUGUGGCUUCUCCUCUUCUUUUUGAGUCACUCGUUCCUGAACUUCUGUGCAGAACUGCUUCGCUUCGGUGAUCGACAUUUUUACGGAGACUGGUGGAAUGCUCCAACUUUGAUCACUUUCUGGAAAACUUGGAAUGUUCCAUUUCAAAAAUGGAUUAACAGGCAUGUGUACACAGAGCUGGUGAAAAGGAACAUUUCUCCAACUAAAGCUGAGCUCCUUGUCUUCCUGAUGUCUGCUGCUCUCUGUGAGUAUCUGAUUGCUCUGCCUCUGCACAGCUGUCAUCUGUGGAUUUUCCUUAUGAUGUUAUUAGAGCUCCUGAUUUCGGUGUUCCUCAGAGAUUUUUUUCAGGGAAACUAUGGCAACGGCUUCGUGUGGCUGUGUCUGCUGCUGGGCCCUCCUCUAGCUGUGACCACCUAUUUUCAUGACCACUAUGUCAGCCUGCAUCUUUCUUCAUCCUCACCAUUCACAUCAGACCAUAAGGUUUUCCUGAAACGUCACUAAUAAAUGCCCUGUAAUGUUUAUUUUUGCAGUAUUUAUAAGUAACUGGUGAGAGUGUGUAUGUACGCCAAUGCUUCUCAUCUCUGUUCAGGAGUAUUUUUUCAAUGUCUCCUAAAGGGUUAGUAUUUAAAACCAUUAAUCAGUUUGCUGACGUGUUGACUUAUUGAUGUUACCUUGAAAAUAAUGACACGUGACAACCACUAAAUACUGUAUGUUAUGUGUAAUAAAGGCUUAGCAUUCAUUGAAGGAA